UCCGCCAUAGUUAGUUUAAUAGUCAAGUAACAUGAGCUGUAUGUGAUCACAACAUAGUCGUAUUCUCGCGUUAAAUGUCGUUUUUUUCGCACAAAUGCGCAUUUAAUCGUCGGUUCGGUGUAAAGUUGGCACAAACAUGGGGGCGAGGUUCGACGGCGAGGUGGUGUCAAUCGUCGAGCUUGCUUUCCGAGCCACCGUGUCGGUCUUUAGGGGCGUGUGGGAGAAACAAGCGCCACACUCGGUGUGGGAAGAGGCGACGCUCGGCCUCGGCGGCGACCUGCGGGAUAUUGAGCGCGGUCUGCUGGCUCAGCUCCAGCGGGUGUUCGCUGAGCUGUGCGAUGAGAACGAGGCGCUCAAGGCCAAAGUGGAGCAGCUGGAGGACGUGAUGCAGAGGAAGGCCGGACAGCUGGAACAGGAGCUGCACGUCCGGGUCGGACAGCUCGGCAGGGACAUGGAGAUGCUGGAGAAGGAGCUGAAGAGCAUCAGCGAUGGAGGAGCAGCGGCAGGAGAUGUCUCGCUGUUGUCAGUCUCCGCCGAGCAGACUUCCACUGAGACAAAAUCAGGCCUGGGUGUCUCAGAAGCGGGCAAUGGCGAGGCAGUCCUGAACCCCGAAAUGGAGACUCAAUCUGCAGUCGCCCCUGUGUUGAUUGUCAGCCAGCUCAGCGGUGCGCCCACGGUGCUCAUUGUGGGACAUGGAGAGUCAGCUGCCCAGGAGUCAACUGAGACGAAUCUUGUUACACAGCUUGUCCUUCAACCUGUGUCCUCGCCUCAUGACGCUUCUAGUCCCAAUUCCUGCUCCGUUAGCAAAGAGGGGCCGACACAGGAACAAGCAGAGGAGCAGCAGGGCUUAGUGGAACAAUCUUCAUCAGGAAGACCGAGACGAACAAGGAGGCCGAGCUUCAAAGUGGAAAUGGCUUCCCCUGACAUAAGUGAUGACGAAAUGGACUCUGGCGAAGCGGAAGAAAGCCCAAGGAAGAAGGCGCGGCGCAACCUGAAGCGCUUCUCCUGCGACGAGUGCAACGCCGCCUUCUACUGGAAGGCUGAGCUAAAGAAGCACGCGGUGCUUCACAAGAAGCCCUUUCUAUGCCAGCAGUGCAACGAGAGUUUCCCAGAGAAGAAGUAUCUGGAGGACCACAUGCUGGGUCACCAGGCAGAGUCCAAGGCGCCACUGCCCUUUCCGUGCCCACGCUGUAAGCGCUCGUACCGCAAGGAGGAGUCGCUACAGAACCACCUGAAGCGCCACCAACCCCUGGCCCAGCCCAAACCUUUCACCUGCGAGCAGUGCGGCAAGACCUUCCGUGUGGCGCGCUCUCUGGAGAACCAUCUGCUGCGUCACCAGAAGUGGAAGGAGCCACUCCAGUGCCCGCUGUGCAACAAGACGUGCAAGACGCCAGUGCAGCUGCGCGGCCACAUGGUGGUGCACUCGGACGAGCGGCCCUUCAGCUGCGCCACCUGCGGCAAGGAGUUCAAGAGCAAGGACACGCUGCGUUUCCACCAAAUGGUGCACACCAACGCCAAAAAAUACAAGUGCAACGUGUGCGACGAGACCUUCAAGUACGCCCACUCGCUGACCGUGCACAAGCGCAAGCACACCGGCAUCACGCCGUUCGUGUGCGGCGUGUGCGGACGCUCGUACCGCACCGGUACAGCGCUCAAACGACACAGCGUGGUGCACACGGGUGAGAAACCAUUCACCUGCCACGUCUGCGGCGCCCGCUUCAGCCUCAACAACAAUUUGAAACGACACCUGCGUAUUCACACCGGCGAGAAGCCUUUCACCUGCCAGGAUUGCGGGAAGAGCUUCUCCGAUAACAACAAGCUCAAGUCGCACAUGCUGGUGCACGGAGCUCGGAAGCCAUUUAUGUGCGACCUAUGUGGGAAGACCUUCCUCUUCAACUGCCGCCUUCAGAUCCACCAGAAAUACGUACACACCAAGGAGGAUGACAAGCCCAAGAUGUUUCCUAUGAGGCAGAGAAACAAGCUUCUGGUCAAGCCGUACAGCUGUAAAAUCUGCCUGGCCGGAUUCAGUGCGGCCUGCUCGCUGAAGCUCCAUGAGAAGGGUCACAGCGAGCACAAGGAGUUUUCAUGUAGUUUGUGUGGCAAGGCCUUCCACAACAAGUACUCGUUCCGUUCGCACCAGCGCGCGCACACGGGCGAGAAGCCCUUCGUGUGCGAGGUGUGCGGUAAGGGCUUCAUCCACGCCGGGAGCCUCAAGCAGCACGAGCGCAUCCACACUGGCGAGAAGCCGUACAAGUGCGAGCAGUGCGGCAAGGCUUUCCGCACCGAUGGAAACUUCUACCGACACCUGCGUAUCCACACGGGCGAGAAGCCCUUCGAGUGCGCUUACUGCCACCGCAAGUUCCACCAAUCCAACCAGCUCAAGUCGCACCUGCAGGUGCACACGGGCCAAAAGCUUUACUCGUGCCAGACCUGCGGACACGGAUUCUCUGACUCGAGGCAGCUCAAGAAGCACAGCUGCGACGGAACAGUCGUCCCUGCAGGAUUUAACAAAAUGGUAGAGCUGCUGGCUCAGGAGGCAAGUAGAAAGAUCAACAGCGUUUUCUUGCAGCUGUCUGAUGCCGCAAAUAAGGAAAAGCUAACACUGCGGGACAAAGUGAGCAAGCUGGAAAGCCAGCUGACGGCGGUGACGGAAGACUUGGAUGGCAUCAAAAUCUGGAGGGAAAACGUGAUGAGCGGAUGCCCUGUGCUUAAUGAGCAGACGGGAUGGGUCCUCACACUGAAGCCUUUCGGGAUGUUGGUGAAAUCGGCUGAUGAGUCGACGAAAGAAGAUGGCAAUUUCGUGACACCUGCUGGUGGCAGACACAUUAAAGACAUCGCAGACGAUGACAAGAUGACGCUGUCCUCAGACUCUCAGAAUCCUUUGCCAGCUGAAGUCAGUAAGGUGUUUGAAUGUGACGUGUGCAAGAAGCGCUUCAGCCGACAGCUCCACCUCAGGAGGCACUUGGACAUUCACAAGGAGUCCCUGAGCUGCCACCAAUGUUCCAGGACCUUCCGCAGCAGCGCCAUGCUGGAGCGCCACCUGUUGCGUCACAAGGAGAAAACGCCUCAGUCCUUCGCGUGUCCGCUCUGUGACCAGACCUUCAAGAGCAAAAAACUGCUCAAGUCGCACGAGUCGGUGCACGGCGAUGACGUGCGGCCCUUCGCUUGUGACCAGUUUUCGCAGGGUAAGGCGUUCACCUGCGAGACGUGUGGUGCCGGCUUCACGCUGCGGCAGAACCUCAAGCGGCACAACCGCAUCCACACGGGCGAGCGACCAUUCAAGUGCCACGUGUGCGGUGCCAGCUUCAUCCAGGACAAGCUGAAGGCUCACAUGCUGCUCCACGGCGCCUCCAAGUCCUUCAUGUGCGACUUGUGCGGCAAGACCUUCCUGUACAACUGCCAGCUAAAGAAGCACCAGAAGUUGGUGCACCAGGACGGCACCGAGGCGGGCACCCAGGCGGGGAGGCGGAGGGCCCGGGUGCGGGGGAACCGCACCGUCAUCUUCAAACGUGACAGGACCACAGUAGAGGUGGCAGCGUUCACCUGCAAGACGUGCCAGCGCGGGUUCGACUCGGAGGGGGCGCUCAAGAAACAUGAGCUGAUCCAUACGGGCGGUGCCCCGUACGACUGUGACGUGUGCGGCAAAGCCUUCCUCUACAGGGCCACCUUUGACUACCACCUUCGCACACACUGGAACAAGCGGCCCUACGCCUGCGACGUCUGCGGCAAGACCUUCAUCAUCCGCCACGCGCUCAAGUCGCACCGGCUGCGGCACACGGGCGAGAAGCCGCACACCUGCGAGCAAUGCGGCAAGGCCUUCCGUGUUUACACCAACUACCGAAGACACCUGAGGAUCCACACGGGCGAGAAGCCGUAUGAGUGCGAGGUCUGCGGCGUCCGAUUCCGCCAGCUUGGACACGUCAAGUUCCACAUGCAGGUGCACACGGGCGAGCGGCCGUACGCUUGCGCCGCCUGUGGACUCGGCUUUUCCGACUCCAGGCAGCUGAAGAAACACUUGUGUGCCAGGAAUGACCUGGUGACAACAUUGUUAACAGUGAUCCAUCAUGUCAACACCUUCAUGACAUUGCUGGCUCAAGAGGCUGUCGACAACAUCUGUCAGCUUUUCCAUCAAUGUUCUUCUCUGCUGCACUUGCAAGUGGAUCAAGGGGAGGUGCAGCUGGAGGACGUGAGGAUGAAACUGGAUGUGGCGGAGAAGGCGCUGAGUAUGAUGUUGCAAAGCUCUUUAGCCGUGGUAGUGCAAGAGCAGGUGCAGGAGCAGGUAGUGGAUGGAGGAGUGAACAUGUUGGAAGGAGCGACGCACAGCUCAGCUGUGGCCGGUGAGAUUGAAAAGUCUGCCAUCAUUGACCUGACUUACGAGAAGCCGGAAGAUGCCAGCAGCGCCGGCCAGACGGGCCAAGCCAAAAGCAGAGUCCCAGCCGCAGCGCACCACUCCGACAAGAGCUUCUUGUGCUCAGUGUGCGGAUGUGGAUUCCCCCUCCAGCGCAGCCUCAAUGCGCACAUGCGGCAGCAUACAGGAAAGCGUUCGCACGCGUGUGACAAGUGCGGUAAGGGCUUCACGCUCAAGCAGAUCCUGCUGGACCACCAACGAUUGCACAAUAAGGAGCGACCCUUCAAGUGCACACAGUGUGACAAGAGCUUCUACCGAGCGAAAGGCCGGAAGAAUCACCAGCGCUUGCACGCCGUCCGCCACACUGUCGAGCACCGUUGCCCCGUCUGCGAAAAGAGCUUCAGUCACCAAUGCAACCUGCAGCGCCACCUGCGUAUUCACACAGGCGAGAAGCCUUUCCGCUGCGAAACGUGCGGGAAGAGCUUCAACCAGGCCGACACACUCAAGAGUCACCAGAGGAUCCACACGGGAGAGCGGCCAUUCAGAUGUGACACCUGCGGGAAGACCUUCACCCAGAAGGGGGCCUUAAAGACUCACUCCGGCGGCGCCUCACUAGCGUGCGUGGCUUGUGGCGCCACAGCAGCAUGCGCGGACGCAAUGCACAGCCACCUGCAAGCCCACGGCGAUGCCAUGCCGUGCAGCUGCGUGCUCUGUGGCCACCUGCUGACCACGGUGGCGCAGUUGACCGCGCACCAGCAGAACCACCAAAUAGCCAGCCGGGCACACGGCUGCACCAUCUGUGGUAAGAGAUUCAUGACAGCAAGCUACCUGAAGAUACACACCAGGUUGCACAGCGGAGUCAAGCCCUACUCCUGCGACAUCUGCCUUCGCAGUUUCUCACAGCUCACCAGCCUCAAAUGGCACAAGGAAGAACACAUUGGUGAGAAGCCAUUCUGCUGCGACAUUUGCGGCAAGUGUUUCAGCAGCAUGAGCAUCCUGACCUGCCACCAGCGCAGCCACACGGUCGAGAAGGGAGAGUUCACAGGUGGGAAGCCAUACGCCUGCGAAACGUGCGACAAGCGCUUCAGCCACGCCCCCAACCUGAUCCGCCACCGCCGCAUCCACACGGGCGAGAAGCCGUACGUCUGUGAUGUGUGCGGCCGCGGCUUCAACCAGAGCAAUAGUCUCAAAGCCCACCUGCAAAUCCAUACCGGCCACAAGAGAUUCACAUGCGACCGUUGUGGCAAGGGCUUCUGCGACAAGAGGAACCUCAAGAGGCACAAAGCGGAGUGCACUGUAGUUUCUGGUACGCUGUCCUCUCUGUACGGCGUUUUUAGACAUACCCAAAUGGUGAACUUUGAGGCGCAAGCGACAUCCAUUUUGGAACAAAUGGCCAACAGGGCUGUGAUCGAAAUGAGCAAAGUUGUCUCCGACACGACGCAAGAAAUCUCGCUGGACGAGGACGACAACUCUCCACUUUCAUCGACGGAUAACGUGGUCUGUCAUGUCAGCACCUUCAUGACGUUGCUGGCUCAAGAGGCAGCCGAGAACAUCUGCCAGCUUUUCCACGAAUGUUCAUCUCUGCUACGCUUGCAAUUGACGCAGGGGGAAGCGGAGCUGGAGGACCUGAAGAAGAGGCUUGACGUGGCAGAAACGGCGGUAAAUAUGGUGUUGACAAGCGCUCACACUGUGAUAGCAGAAGAGGCAGUGUUUGAGCAGGAAGUGGGCAGAGGAGUAUGUACGUUGGAAGGAGAGGAGCCCUCCGGGGGGAAGAGUGCCUCAGCUGUGUCUGUGGACGUCAAGGAGUCAGCCAUCGUUUAUGUAACUCACAAGGACAACGAACAUCUAGCAGUGACGCAGGACACUUUGGUUGACCAGAUGUCAUGUGGGUCCGCUCAGCAGGGAGGCAACCUGGACCCGGAUGAUCCAGACUAUCAGGAGCAGGAAGAUGCCAGCGACACAGGCCACAUGGGCCGGGCCAGACAUGGUGUCCGAGCCGGCAAGCAGUGUGGCAAGAACUCCAGCAAACGGCUGCAGCCCAGAGUCCACCAGGCAGCGUGCCAACGCGACAACUUCUCGUGCUCGGUGUGCGGACACACCUUCACCCUCCGCCGCAGCCUCAACGUGCACAUGCGGCAACACACGGGAGAGCGUGCUCACACGUGUGACAUGUGCGGUAAGGGCUUCACGCUCAGGCAGAUCCUUCUUGACCACCAGCGCAUGCACAAUGAGGAGCGACCCUUCAAGUGCACACAGUGUGACAAGAGCUUCUACCGAGCACACGGGCUGAAGAUGCACCAGCGCUUGCAUGCCGUCCGCCGCGUCCGCACUGUUGAGCGUGUCCACCGCUGCCCCUUUUGCGAGAAGACUUUCAAUAUCAACGGCAACCUCCGGCGCCACCUGCGCAUCCACACAGGCGAGAAGCCCUUUCGGUGUGACACGUGUGGGAAGAGCUUUAACCAGGCAGUCACGCUCAAGGGCCACCAAAGGAUCCACACGGGGGAGCGGCCAUACGCCUGCCUUGCCUGUGGGAAGACCUUCAUCCAGAAGAGCACCCUGGAGAUGCACACAGAUGCUGCCUCGCUGGCGUGCGUGGUCUGUGGCGCCACGGCAGACUGCGUAGAGGCAAUGCGCAGCCACCUACAAAUGCAUGCCGACGCUGUGCCGUGCGCCUGCCUACUGUGCGCCCAUUGGCUGUCAACAGUGACAGAAUUGCGCUCACACCAGCAGCACCACCAUACGGCGGGCGGUGCGCACGACUGUACCAUCUGCGGAAAGACGUUCAAGUCAACCAGCUACCUAAAAAUACACCUCAAGGUGCACAGCGGAAUCAAGCCCUUUUCCUGCGACAUCUGCUCCCGCGCUUUCUCGCAGCACAGCAGCCUCAAGACGCACCAGGCGGUGCACACGGGCGAGAAGCCGUUCGCCUGCAACACGUGCGACAAGCGUUUCAGCAACAUGGGCAAUCUGACCCGCCACCGCCGCGUCCACACCGGCGAGAAGCCGUACAUCUGCGAUGUGUGCGGUCGUCGCUUCAACCAGAGCAACAGCCUCAAAGCCCACGAGCAGGUCCACACUGGCCACAAGAAGUUCAUGUGCGACCGUUGCGGCAAGAGCUUUGGCUACAGGAGGAACCUCAAGAACCACAAGUGUUUCUACUACUGACUGCCUGAUUGGUUGAAAUGACUUUACUGGUUCAAAAAGGACAGCAUUCUUUGGUUGUUGUACUCACAGCAAAGUAGUAAAAUGCAGCACAGGAUUUGUAAUGCUUUGUGGUACUACUGGAAAAAUCCACAGUUGAAAUCUAAGACCUAAACUCUUCAAACUGGGUCCGGGGACCCUAAAAUAAUUAGCAAUAAAUUAUGUUGCGUAUAAUCCUAUAUUGUUUUCCAGAGUAAAAGGUAAGCUUUGGGCGGAAAUUAAUUUGUUAAAAUGACUUUCUUCCCUUGUUAAACUUUGACUUGGAAAAAAAUUUUGUUCUUUUAAGAUUGACUUUUUAUCAUGACAAAAUGUCUUUGUUCUUGUAAAGAUUACCACUUUUUUUUAUCUUAAAUGUGACUGAAAUUCCUACGACAUUUACGUGGACAGUGUUUCCUGCUAACGCGAAUAGUCAAAAUGUAAGAAUAAUUGAUACUCAUUAUUAUUGCCAGGAUUUUAUUUAGCAAAAAACAGACAGAAUAAGUGGGGUAUUGGAUUUUAUUUAAAAAAAAAAAAAAAAAAAAAAAAAAGGGAUUAAGCAAGCGUUUCAGCAAAAACGUUUCCCCCCCAAAAAAAUCCAAUAGGUGAAUUGCUAAUGUGAUGGUACACUGUACAGCCAUCCAUUUUACCAUACCACUUACCCUCACUUGGGUCGCUGGUGUGCUGGAGCUUAUCCUCGCUGACUCUGGGCGGGAGGCGGGGUACACCCUGAACUGGUCAUCAGCCAAUCGCAAGGCACAUUUAAACAAACAACCAUUCGCACUCACAUUCACACAUGUGGGCAAUUUAGUCUUCAAUCAACCUACCAUGCAUGUUUUUGGGAUGUGUGAGGAAACCGGAGUACCUGGAGAAAAGCCACACAGGCACGGGGAGAACAUGCAAACUCCACACAGGCGAGGCCGGACUUGAACCUGGGUCAUCAGAACUGUGAACCAGAUGUGCCCCACCACUUGGUCACUUUACAUGAUAGUUAUAUUUAAUUUGAAUUAAGAUUUUAAGGGGGCCUUUGGGAAAAACCUCUCCCCUGGACCGAAAAGGUCCUUCUUGGUCAACAUGAGCCAAAAAUUAUCUCACCAAUUGUCAUGUUUUUGUCCCCUCCAUAUCACUAGAAAGGCAUCACCUUCAUUUGGACGUCAGGUGGCAGUAGUGUGCAAAAGAUGCUGUGCAGUUCUUGCGUUUCCAUCCAUCCAUCCAUCUUCUGAGCCGCUUCUCCUCACUAGGGUCGCGGGCUCUUGCGUUUCCAUUGAAGAAAAUGUCACAGCAUACCACCAAACAAAAAUGGCAUUCGUAUAUAUACUGAAAUAUCGAUGAUCUCGUCUCAAUUUACUUACUCCAUGGGUGCCAUGACUUAGUUUGUUGUAUGUUAAUAGUUACAGGUGGAGACAGGUUAAUUGUAACUUGUGCCAUCUGGUGAAAGAGCAUUUAAUUGCUACCACUAUACCCGGCUGGGGUAGAUGAACAAAAAUACAUUUUUAGUAAAUUAAUAUUAAUUUACUGACCAAUUAAGUGAAAUUUGGCGGCACGGUGGUUGAGAAUCACUCGUGUACACCUGCAAAUUACAACCAAAUCCAAGUCUCCCCCCCCCCCCAAAAAAAAUGCUUUUCAUUAGACUGUUUUUACAGAAUACAUGAUGGGAUAUGACUGACUUUUCAAACAGGGUUUACAGGGAAUGUAAUGACUCCAAAUGUUCUGCUGUUGGUUUCUCAGCUUUGUCUCUCAAAACGAUCUGUUUUAAAAUAAAAGGUUCACAAAUACAAAUUCCAGAUUCAGCUUUUACCACUUCUGCAAUAAAAUCCCUUUAGGUAGUAAAAUAAACCGUUUGUGUUUUAGAAAUGACCUUGGAAAGUGUGUGUUUGUGGAUUAUGGUGGUCUGAACACCAUUGACAUUUGUGAGCUGUAAUAUGUUUGCAGUGACUCGUGAGAAAUUUGUCUUAAAUGUCAACCAAGUUUUAAAAAAAUAAUGUGCGAUUUAGGCUGUACUCUAUGCAUGACAUUGUUUUCAUGCCAUUUGUCUCCUUAUGUAACAAGCCACUUUCAAGCUGCCCACGCCUCCCAUAUCCUGCUUAAUGUAUU